AACGAGAAUCUCGAGGAAGACGAAGAAGCCAUAAUUAUUCUCUUUGAAGAAGAAAAAGAAAGAAAGAGCUAGAGAAGAAAAAACAAAAACAGCAAUGGGAGGUUCUUCUGUAUUUGGUGCAGGGAGAUCGGGGCAGACUAUAAUGGUGGCUCUCGUUCUUAUGGUUGGAUCAUUUUACACUGGCUCUCUCUUCGGAACCAACCAACCCAUUUACCUCUCUCAACCUUCUUCUUUUUCUGCUUCUUCCAAACUUGCAAACGAAAUCAAGCUUACUUACCGGACAUUACCACUAGUCAUACCGGAAACUGGGGUGAAUGUAUGUCCAGUGGAGUUCAAUGAGUAUAUCCCUUGUCACAACGUCACUUAUGUGCAUCAGCUGCUUCCCAGCUUGAAUCUCUCUAGAAGAGAAGAGCUCGAAAGGCAUUGCCCGCUGCUCGAGCAGCGCCUCUUUUGCUUGGUACCUCCGCCAAAUGAUUAUAAGAUACCUAUAAGAUGGCCAACCAGUAGAGACUAUGUGUGGAGAAGUAAUGUGAAUCAUACUCAUCUUGCUCAAGUUAAAGGUGGGCAAAACUGGGUGCAUCAGCAAGGCCAGUUUUGGUGGUUCCCUGGUGGUGGUACUCAUUUUAAGCAUGGUGCUGCAGAAUACAUACAGAGGUUGGGGAAUAUGAUGACUAAUGAAACAGGUGACUUACGUUCAGCUGGGGUGGUACAAGUUCUUGAUGUUGGCUGUGGAGUUGCCAGCUUUGCGGCUUAUCUUCUUCCUUUAGGUAUACAGACUGUGUCGUUUGCUCCCAAAGAUGGUCAUGAAAACCAGAUUCAGUUUGCAUUAGAAAGAGGCAUCGGUGCAAUGAUAUCUGCUGUUGCCACCAAACAAAUGCCUUAUCCUGCUGCCUCGUUUGAGAUGGUCCAUUGUUCGAGAUGUCGCGUUGACUGGCAUGCAAAUGAUGGCAUCUUACUUAAAGAAGUUCAUCGUCUUCUCCGACCCAAUGGAUACUUUGUGUAUUCAUCACCACCAGCGUACAGAAAGGAUAAAGAGUAUCCUAUGAUUUGGGAUAAAUUGGUCAAUCUAACUAGUGCAAUGUGCUGGAAGCUCAUUUCCCGGCAGGUACAGACUGCAAUAUGGAUUAAAGAAGAGAAUGAGGUGUGUCUUAGGCAGAAUACAGAGCUAAAGCUCAUUAGUUUAUGUGAUGUGGAAGAUGUUUCUCAACCAUCAUGGAAACUUCCUCUUAAAGAUUGUGUGCAAAUUAGUGGACAAACACAAGAGAGACCCUCUUCUUUGGCUGAACGUGUUUCUGCGUAUCCUACGACUCUAAGAGAAAUAGGCAUCAGUGAAGAUGAGUAUACAUCAGAUACAGUCUUCUGGAGAGAACAAGUUAAUCAUUACUGGCGGUUAAUGAAUGUCAAUGAGACUGAAGUGCGGAAUGUGAUGGACAUGAACGCAUUCAUUGGUGGGUUUGCUGCAGCUAUGAAUUCGUAUCCUGUUUGGGUAAUGAACAUAGUACCUGCUACCAUGAAUGAUACCUUGACUGGAAUUUUCGAGAGAGGCUUAAAUGGCGCUUUCCAUGAUUGGUCUGAGCCUUUCUCAACAUAUCCACGCACGUACGAUUUGCUGCAUUCCGAUCAUGUCUUCUCUCACUACAAAAGCUACGGAGAUGGUUGUUUGCUAGAGGACAUCAUGCUUGAGAUGGACCGCAUAGUUCGCCCUCAGGGAUUUGUGAUAAUAAGGGACGAGGAAUCUAUAAUAUCAAGGAUCCGAGAAUUGGCUCCAAAAUUCUUGUGGGAAGUGGAAACUCAUCAGCUUGGGAAUAAAGGCAAGAAGAUAACAGAGCCUGUUUUGUUUUGCAGAAAGAGAUUCUGGGCAAUCAUUUAAAUAGACUGGCUCUGCUGCUUCAUUUUUGUUAAUAGGUUACAACAAUGACCUCUUGGGUCUUAUUAUAUAUAUUAGGUGGGAUCUCUACUCUACUCUUUACAAGUGCCUUCCAACUUUUGUUCCUUCCUUGA